AACUACUAGGAGGGAGGGGGGGAAUAAAACGGGGGUGGCGGGGGUUGGGGUAGAGGAGGAGCGAAUAAUAAGGGCUUCAGGGGGCGAAGAAAUCGGCUGUUGUGGGGUGGGAGUGAGCGAGGGGCCGUGGUUGUGGAAAAAGCUGCGGAAGGGAGAGGCUGGAGCUGCCGGGUAGCCUUGGAACCGAGCGGGAGGGGAGCGAUCAAUUGCGAGCGCUGAGGGACUAGGCGGGGGGGGUGGGGCUCUGCUUCAUUUUUGAUGGGUGUUGCUCAGUUACCCAUAAAGUGAGGAAGGUUGCGGGGACGAGGCGAGAAAUAGAGUUGGUACAGAAAGCGGCAGCGCCAGGCUCUUGGGUGGAGUGAGCGCAGGAACCGGCGGCCGUCCAGUCUGCCCGGGAACGGGGGGAGCGUGUGUGUGUGUGUGUGUGUGUGGGGAGGGGGCGGGGGAAAGAUCAGCUUGGGUAGGAAAGAGGGCGAUUUCUUCUGAGCUUGAAUCUGAGAGAUUUCUCUAGUGGUUGGGAAGGAGAAUACGAUUUCUGCCUUUCCUGUCAUACGGUUUUGUUUUUUGCUUUUUUGCUAGCUGGGGGUUAAAAUUAGCUGUCGGGGCGACUUUCCUUGAAAUUUGCUUCCUUUCACAUGCCUGCGGCUUGCCUGCUUGGGGUGGUGCAGCCUAGAGAGAGGGGGGUGGGGGGGGAGAGUUUGCGGCUGAUGUAGGAUCGUCGUCGGGUUUCUCCUUUCUCCUUCCCCUUCAGCGCGGAAAGAGGAGGAAAGAAAGAGUCAGUCGGAGCCGUAGGCGAAAACCCCCAAGAACGUCCAUGGCCUCCCGAUCGCUCCGUUUUUGGACGAGGUGGAUAAUGAAAUCUUUGUUGCCACAGCUCUGACUACUUUUGAAUUUUAUUUGGGAACUAGCCAGGGUAUAUUCUUCCUGAAGACGUUGGGCAUUUCACGGAAUUACCGCAAAGAAGAGACUUUUCUCCUCUAACCUUUUAUAAUUCAGAUAUUUUAUUAAAACAUGGAAAAUGAGAUAUUCACACCUCUUUUGGAGGUCUUCAUAUCCAGCCCACUUGUUACCUGGGUUAAGACAUUUGGAUCCUUAGCUGGACAAAAUGCUAGCAACCUGGAAGAAUAUGUUGCACUUCUAGAUGGAGUUUUCUUAAAUGAAGUUAUGUUGCAAAUAAAUCCUAAAGUACCUAGUCAAAGAAUAAAUAAGAAGAUCAACAAUGAUGCAUCACUUCGAAUUCAAAAUUUGUCUAUUUUAAUAAGACAAAUUAAAUCAUAUUAUCAGGAGACAUUGCAGCAAUUAAUCAUGAUGCCUUUGCCAAAUGUUUUAAUAAUUGGAAAAAAUCCCUUUUCAGAACAAGGCACUGAAGAAGUAAAAAAACUCCUACUACUUCUGCUUGGUUGUGCUGUUCAGUGCCAGAAGAAAGAAGAAUUCAUUGAAAGAAUACAGAGUUUAGAUUUUGAUGUAAGAGCAGCUGUUGCUGCCCAUAUACAAGAGGUAACCCAUAAUCAGGAAAAUGUGUUCGAUCUCCAGUGGAUGGAUGACGGUGCUGUGGCUCAAGAUUAUAUUGAACCUCUCCUAAAAAACAUGGCAUUGCAUUUAAAACGACUUAUAGAUGAGCGAGAUGAGCAUUCUGAGACUAUCAUAGAGCUUUCUGAAGAACGAGAUUCUCUUCAUUUUCUACCUCAUGCAUCAGCAGCACAAUCACCUUGUGGAUCUCCAGGAAUGAAAUGCACUGAAAGCAGACAACACUUAUCAGUAGAAUUAGCAGAUGCCAAAGCAAAGAUUAGAAGGCUUAGACAAGAGCUUGAGGAAAAGACUGAACAGUUGUUGGAUUGUAAGCAAGAAUUUGAACAGAAUGAAACUGAAUUAAAGCGACUUCAACAAGAGAAUAUGAGUUUACUUUUGGAUGCCCGAUCUGCCAGAGUGUAUCGGGAUGAACUUGAUGUUCUCAGAGAGAAGGCAAUUCGGGUUGACAAGCUUGAAAGUGAACUCAGCCGAUAUAAAGAAAGACUACAUGAUAUUGAAUUCUACAAGGCUAGAAUAGAGGAGCUAAAAGAGGAUAAUCAAGUAUUACUGGAAACAAAGACAAUGUUGGAAGAUCAGUUAGAAGGAACCCGAGCCCGUUCUGAUAAAUUGCAUGAAUUGGAAAAGGAGAAUCUGCAAUUAAAAGCUAAACUCCACGAUAUGGAGAUGGAACGUGAUAUGGAUCGGAAGAAAAUUGAGGAACUUAUGGAAGAAAAUAUGUCACUAGAAAUGGCCCAGAAGCAAAGUAUGGAUGAAUCACUACAUUUGGGCUGGGAACUUGAACAGAUAAACAGAUCAUCAGAAAUUUGUGAAGUGCCACAGAAGUCACUUGGUCAUGAAGUGAAUGAACUAACAUCUAGUAGAUUAUUAAAACUAGAAAUGGAAAACCAAACUUUAUUAAAAACAGUAGAAGAAUUACAAAAUGCAAUGGGUUCUCUGGAAGGCAAUAACUCGAAACUAAUGAAAAUGGAAAGAGAAAAUCAAAGGCUAAGUAAAAAGCUGGAAGGACUUAAGAAUGAAUUUACUGAAGAGAAACAGAGUCAUCAGAGUAGUCAGAAUCUUUGCAAAGAUCUUAUGAAAGAGAAAGCACAGCUUGAAAAAACGAUCGAAACUUUGAGAGAAAAUUCAGAAAGACAGAUUAAAAUCCUGGAACAGGAAAUCGAACACUUGAAUCAAACUGUAACUUCACUUCGACAGCGUUCACAAAUCAGUGCUGAAGCAAGAGUAAAAGAUAUUGAGAAGGAAAAUAAAAUUCUCCAUGAAUCUAUCAAAGAGACAAGCAGCAAACUGAGUAAAAUAGAAUUUGAAAAGAAGCAAAUGAAAAAAGAGUUAGAACAUUAUAAAGAAAGGGGAGAAAGAAUGGAUGAGCUGGAGAAAGAAGUUCAUCAUCUUGAAAAAGAAAAUGAACUAUUACAGAAAAGAAUUACUAAUUUAAAAAUUACAUGUGAAAAAAUUGAUUCUUUAGAACAAGAGAAUUCCAGUCUAGAUGUUGAAAACAGAAAGCUGAAAAAGACUUUAGAUAGUCUGAAAAAUCUCAGCUUUCAAUUAGAGUCCUUAGAGAAAGAGAAUGCACAACUUGAUGAAGAAAACUUAGAACUCAGAAGAUCUGUUGAAUCUUUGAAGAGUACCAACAUCAAGAUGGCUCAGUUAGAACUGGAAAAUAAAGAACUGGAAAGUGAGAAAGGCCAGCUACAGAAGAGCCUGGAUCUUAUGAAAGCAUCCUUUAAAAAGACAGAACGUUUAGAAGUGAGUUAUCAAGGCUUGGAUACAGAAAAUCAAAGGUUGCAGAAAACCCUAGAAAACAAUAACAAAAAGAUUCAACAUCUAGAAAGUGAAUUACAAGAACUGGAGUCAGAAAAUCAGACCCUGCAAAAAAAUCUUGAGGAACUCAAAAUCUCCAGUAAACGUUUAGAAAAAUUAGAAAAAGAGAAUAAACUUUUGGAGCAAGAAACUACCCAACUAGAAAAAGAUAAGAAACAGCUAGAGAAAGAGAAUAAAAGGCUCAGGCAGCAAGCAGAUGUUAUGGAUAGCACACUAGAAGAAAAUAAUGUGAAAAUAGGUCACCUGGAAAAAGAGAACAAAUCACUCUUUAAAGAAAUUGGUUUAUGUAAAGAAGCAUCUAUUCGUCUAAAAGAAGCAGAAAAGGAAAAUAAAGAGCUUGUAAAAAGAGCUACCAUUGACAAAAAAACACUUGUAACAUUACGUGAGGAUUUAGUGAAUGAAAAACUGAAGACACAGCAGAUGAAUAAUGAGUUAGAAAAACUUACACAUGAACUUGAAAAGAUAGGUUUAAACAAGGAACGUCUCUUACAUGAUGAACAGAGUACUGAUGACAGUAAAUACAAACUUUUGGAGUCAAGGUUAGAGUCCACACUGAAGAAAUCACUUGAAAUAAAAGAAGAAAAAAUUGCUGCUUUGGAAGCUCGAUUAGAAGAAUCAACAAAUCUAAAUCGACAGCUGCGUCAAGAGCUUAAGAUAGUGAAAAAGAAUUAUGAAGCUCUCAAGCAAAGACAAGAGGAAGAGAAGAUGGUACAGAGUUAUUCUUCAAAACUUGAUGAAGAAAGUCAGCCUGUCACUAAAUGGGAAAGAGAUAAUCAGGAAACUACUAGAGAACUUUUGAAGGUUAAAGAUAGAUUAAUUGAAGUUGAAAGAAAUAAUGCAACUCUGCAGGCAGAGAAGCAAGCCCUGAAAACACAGCUAAAGCAACUUGAAACACAGAAUAAUAAUUUGCAAUCUCAGAUAAUAGCACUUCAAAAACAGACUGUUUCCUUACAGGAGCAAAAUACAACCCUGCAAACUCAAAAUGCGAAACUUCAGGUGGAGAAUUCAGCAAUUAAUUCCCAAAGCACAUCACUUAUGAACCAGAAUGCACAGCUAUUGAUUCAACAAUCAACCUUAGAAAAUGAAAAUGAAUCCAUAAUAAAGGAACGGGAAGACUUGAGAUCAUUUUAUGAUUCUCUAAUCAAAGAUCAUGAAAAAUUGGAACAACUUCAUGAGCGGCAAGCAACUGAAUAUGAAUCUCUCAUUUCUAAGCAUGGAAACCUUAAAUCUGUACAUAAGAAUCUUGAAGUAGAACAUAAGGAUUUAGAAGACAGAUACAGUCAAUUAUUUCAGCAAAAAGUACAAUUAGAGGAACUGGAAAAAGGCCUCAAAGUGGAGCAAGAAAAGAUGAUUCAGCAAAACAAGAAACAUGAAAUGGUAGCGGUGGAAUACAAAAAACUUUGUGAAGAAAACGAUAGAUUAAAUCACACAUAUAUACAACUUUUGAAAGAGAAUGAAGUUCUUCAGGUUGAUCACAAGAAUUUAAAAACUUUACUGAACAGUUCUAAAUUAGAGCAAACACGACUGGAGGCUGAAUUUUCUAAACUUAAAGAACAAUAUCAACAACUGGAUAUUACUCACACAAAAUUAAAUAAUCAGUGCGAGUUGCUUAGCCAACUAAAAGGGAACUUGGAAGAAGAAAACAGACAUCUACUGGACCAAAUACAGACUUUAAUGCUACAAAACAGAACACUUUUGGAACAGAAUAUGGAAAGCAAAGAUCUCUUCCAUGUUGAGCAAAGGCAAUAUAUUGACAAGUUGAAUGAAUUGAGAAGACAAAAAGAAAAAUUAGAAGAAAAGAUUAUGGAUCAGUAUAAAUUCUACGAACCAUCUCCACCUAGAAGGAGAGGCAACUGGAUUACUCUGAAAAUGAGGAAAUUGAUAAAAUCAAAGAAAGAUGUCAACCGAGAACGGCUUAAAUCUCUGUCUCUGACACCAACCCGCUCAGAAUCUAGUGAAGGAUUUCUUCAGCUGCCACAUCAAGAUAGUCAAGAUAGUUCCUCUGUGGGUUCAAAUUCACUUGAAGAUGGCCAGACAGUGGGGACUAAAAAAAGCAGCAUGGUUGCACUGAAAAGACUGCCCUUUUUGAGGAACAGACCGAAGGAAAAAGACAAAAUGAAGGCCUUCUACCGUCGCUCCAUGUCAAUGAAUGACCUGAUGCAGUCCAUGGUCUUAGCAGGAGGACAAUGGAUAGGUAGUUCUGAGCAUCUGGAAGGUCCUGAUGAUACAUCCACGGGUAAAAGGAGAAAAGAAUUGGGAUCUAUGGCCUUCUCUACUACAUCCAUCAACUUUGCAACUGUCAACUCUGCUGCAGGCUUGAGAUCCAAGCAGUUGCUUAAUAAUAAAGAUACAACAUCUUUUGAAGAUGUAAGUCCACAAGGAAUUAGUGACGAUUCUAGUACAGGUUCAAGAAUUCAAGCUUCCAGACCAGCCAGCCUUGAUAGUGGCAGAACAUCAACUAGCAAUAGCAAUAAUAAUGCAUCACUCCAUGAUGUCAAAGCAGGUGCAGGUAACAACCAAAGCAGGCCUCAAAGCCACAGUAGUGGAGAAUUUAGCCUACUUCAUGAGCAUGAAGCAUGGUCCAGCAGUAGCAGCAGUCCCAUACAGUAUUUGAAAAGUCACACUAAGUCUAGUCUCCUGCUUCAUCAUACAAUGUCAGAAAAAAUAGAUAAACAAGGAAUACGGAGAAUUAAAACGAAAUCCCCUGGAAGUGAAAUGGUUACUCUGCAGCAAUUUCUGGAAGAAAGUAAUCAAGUUACUUCAGUUGAGCUAAAAUCUUCAAGCAAAGAUAAUCUUUUGGAUGAAGUAAUGAAAUUUUUUUCAGAAAAUGCUGAAUUAACAGGAAGAGAAAAACUAAGCAAACAGACAUCAGGCAGUAGUGGUAUUGUCAGAUCACAGAGUGUAAGAAAUACAACAGAAUUAUCUGAUGGAAAGUUAGGUAAGCAAGAGCCUUUUGCAAGGCUCAAUUUAAACAGAACAGAAGAUUCUAAAGAUUUGAACUUUUUAGAGACUUACGCUGCAGGCAGUCAGGGAAAGGUCAGAUCUGUUAAAGAAAAUGUCCAGUUACAGCGACAAUCAAAAGACUGCAAUCCCUAUGCUACUUUACCUCGUGCAAGCAGUGUGAUUUCAACAGCAGAAGGAACUACUCGGAGGACCAGUAUCCAUGAUUUUUUAUCUAAGGACACUAGGCAGCCAAUAUUUGUUGAUCCAACUCCAGCUACAGCUGAACAAAGUAUUAUAUCAUCUUCGAAUGUGGAAGCAAAACCAGAAAACAGACAUUCAAAAAGCAGUUGUAGGGGGCAAGAAAGCUCCUAAUUCAAUUGCCCCUACAACAUGAGAUGUGGGCCACGUGAGAGAAAAGUGUCCUUCUGUAUCUCAGCAUGAAGCCUUUAUUUCUGAAGUAACAAGGUAUCCAGCUAUAGGAGUCAUGUUUAAAAAAAUUCAAAAAUUUUACAGUCCUCCAUGAAUAGAACAGUCAAGAAAUGCACAUCUUCUUUCCUUGAAUCAAGGAACUGUACCAGCAGCUGCUGAUUUUUUUAAAGACUAUAUUGCACAUUGCACUGUUAUGCUCUAAAAGAGAAUUUUCAUCCCUCUGAGGACCAAGGUUUGUGCAGUCUGAAGAACAACUUCAGCAACACAAUUACUGUGUUCUAGUUCCUUUAUGAACAUGGUCACCAGUUGCUUACUACUUCCGCUCUGCUAGCAUUUAAUUCUGUAAAUCUGAAAUAAAAAAAGACUGUUGUAAAUUGCGGAAAUUGUUGUAAAUACAGGUAGGAAAAAUACCUCCUCAAGCAUCUUGUCACUUCAGUCUUAUUGGUGUGCAUGAUGUUACUCUUAGGAAAAUAAAACUGCUGAUUAUUUUGAUGUAUAAGGCAAGAAGAAUAGGUACUUCAAAACAUAAUUGAAUACUUAAUAGACCCCCAGAUUAAUUAAUCUUUUCCAUAUACUUUGUGUCACAAAAAAUAUACUCAUUUUGAGGGGACAAAAAGAUGCUAAAAACCGUUUCUGAAGUUUUGUUGGAUGAAAUUGAUUUUGUUUUCAAGAGAAACCAUCCAAAAUAAAUUGUCUCAUUUUACAUAUUUAAUCUAUAUUUUUAAUUUGGUAUUUUUGAGCUAAAUGGCUUAAAAAGUGUUUAUAGGAAAAAUCCAUCAAACAUUUUUCAAGCUGUUUAAAUGACUGUUAUGAUUUUGUUUCUUAUAAUAUGCAUUAAGGCUGAUUAAAAUAGUUGAUACUUUCUUAAUAUUUAUAUGUGAACAGAACAGGAAAUUAGAUUUGGUUAAUCUUUGCAGAUGUACAAGGGUUUCUGGUUUCUAUUAAAUUUCAAAGUUUAUUUUCUUACAAGCCACUAAAUUAUUAAUAUUUCCAUAUGUAUCAUAUUUAACCUUAAAUGAUUUAUUUAAUCUUAAUAUAUGUGUAUCUUUAAUCUCAUUAUUUGUAUCUCAUCAAAUUAGUCAAAGUAGAGUUGCCACAUCUUGUUUCGAUCAGAUCUAUUGCCUAUACAUUGUAUAUUUUUUUAUACUCACCGGGAUUUUGCUGACAAUCAAUGUUAUUUCUAUUAGAUAAAAAUAUAUCCUGCCCUUUUCUGUGCCAAAUGAAAAGCAGCCUAUAGAGAGCAACAGGGGUCAGCUAAGGAGAACAACUAGAUGUCCUGGUUUGGGAGCAAUACAAUGUAUAAUCUUCAAACAGCCAUGCCUGGGUAGAUUUAUUCCUGAUCAAUGUAACAAAUUAAGCCAUAAUCAAUUACUAAUCAGGAUUUAACAGAAAAAAAAUAAAAUAUUGGGGUUUAUACAACCCACAAAGGUAUAGUUUCUGUAUUUACACAUACAUACAGCAAUAGUAUAUUAAUGCAUUGAUAGUGCAUUACCUGAACAACUGGAGAAAUUCCAUAAAAUGGGUUAGUAUGUUGCACAAUUGCAGCCAUAAAAUUUAUGGUGAAUGAUAGACUCUCCCCAAUUUUAAUGUGGGGAAAAAACUUGCUGGUACCUUAGACACAUGAAAAUUUCACAACAAACUGUACUGUACAAUGUAACCUAAGGCAGCAUCUUAUCACCCAAGUUAGUUAAUAUCUAUAAAUACACAACUUUUCUUGUUUUAGUAUUAAAUGUGAAUCCAGUAUGAGUGUAUGGAGAGAAAAAUAAUUAUCCCUACAUAAGAUCUUCAAUGACAAAAAAUAAAAUCACUGAAAUUGAUCUUACAAGUGCAAAGUAUUGGGUAAACUGAACAAUCUGAAAAUUAAUAAACAAGUGUAGAAGGAUAAAUGUAGUAGCCAGUGUAGAAAGAACUUAUGACCACCUUCAUUUCUCAGAAAAUGAAAUAUGAAAAUAGAAAUAUAGGGCAGGAAGUCUUUCAUACAGUUCAUACAAUUUCAACCUAUUGGAAAAAUGUAAUUUGAAUAAAUAAAUCCUAAAGUUAAGCUUCCCAGAUAGCAUUGUCUAUUUAGGUAAGAAUGGCAUUAUACUUAAUGGGAAUAGUUUGAAAUGACCAAGAGCCAAAUCACAUUAUUAUUUUGCAGUAGCUGUUUUACACUGCACAGCAAUGAGAGAUACUUUUCAUUUUUAUUUAUUGAUGAAAAGUCUAUCCAGAAAUCCUCAAACUGACUAUCAUUAUUACUAUUUGUUAUAUAUUUGAUUUAUACUCGGCCUUCCCAAGAAAGUUAAGACAGCUAACAUUAAAAAAAAUACAAAACUUAAAAGAAAUUCAUAUUAAUGCUAAAAUUAAUUAACAAUCAAAAAUUUAGUGGAAGAGAUAUAUCUAAUAAGCACUGAACAAUUUUCAAAAAUAGUUCCAUGAAAAUACCAGUCGUGGUACUAAAUCAGGUAAGGUUGGAUGAGCUGUGUGGCACUGAAAGAUUUGUAUGCAAGCCUUUUUAUAAAGAACACAGUAAUGAAGGGCCUCUUCAGUUGUUCUAUGCCAUCUUGGGCAACCACUAUUGUUACCUGCAGAUAUGGAAAUAUGGGAACCUGAAAACUCAACAUGAUUCUAAUCUUGUACGUCUGAAUAUUUUUCAAAUAAACUACUGUUUUGUAUUAAUUACCUUCAAAAUGUUUGCAGUUUUGGGAAACAAUCACCUGUUUUUCCAGCACUUAUUUUUUAUUGUAUCUAUUUUUCUUGAUUUUUCAGUUUUGUAUGUGAUUCAUACACUGUUUUGUAUUUGGAUUUAGGUACAAACUUUUUCUACAUACAGUUUUAAGUAGUACAAGUGACGCUUCUGGUAUAAUGAAGAUGACCAAGAGCAUAAUAUUGCCUGGGAAAAAUUAAUUAAUGGAUUAUGCCUUUUUUAAUGAUCCAAUUUUGGCAGUAGGUUUGGUUUAGUGUUGCAAAGUUACAUAUGUACAUUUAGGCUUAAUCCACAACUAAAAUGAACUAUCAUCUUGUUUUAAUGAAGCCUAACACUGAUAUUUCUGGAAAGGAAGUUUGAGAUUUGUAAACUAUAUGUAAUUUGUCUCCAUAGUUCUCUUUAAAAAUGUAUUUUGUGAAAAGCCAGAUGAUUUUCUGCUGAUAACUUAAGAGAAAUGAAUCUUGAUACAGGUAUUCUUUAGGAAAACCAAAGCCUUGUUUAUAGCUUUCCUUUCCAAAAUACAUUUGAAUAUAACUGGCUUUCCUUAUCUCUCUCGAUUUCAGAUUUUUAAUCUAAAGAAACUAAAAUGUAUGUCAUAGUUCUUUGUCCCAAUUUUCAUUAAUAUGGUUCAUAAAAAAUAUUUUUUAAAAAAUAUAAAUCUGUAGCAGUGUCAAUGUGUCACUUUGAAAUCCACCACUUUUAGAACUAAAUGCAAGGGCUUUUUUCUUUAUAUGCAACAGUAUUUAAGCAGCUACAAAAUAAAAGUUGUAAAUUUGCCGUAAUACAAUGAAAAUAUUCCCACUCCGUUGCUGCUGAUUGCUAAAGCUACAAUCAUUCUUUCUAUAAUGCAUUAUUUCUUAAAAUUCUUGUAUUUUGAGAGAUGGCACAGCUCCAACAUGGGGCCAAUAUAAGUUCUCUGCAAACUCUAUUGCAUUGUGUAUAACUCAAACAUUGUUCAGAAUGGAACUGCCUUAAAAGGAAAAAACAGCAUGUGGCUGUGACACAAAAUAAACACUGUUAUUCAGAAACUUUUAUUUAAAGUUGUAACUUCCUUUCUUAUACCUAUUAAGGAGUUUUGUAAUGUUUGCCAUUGUACACUACUUAUGUUAUUAAAAUUUGAAACAAAGUAACUGUUGACUUUCUCUUAUUUUGAAAAAACUUUGUUUGGCCUUUCAGGUGAUCACAUUGCAUACUUUGCACUUUAAUGAGUUUUUCUAAACUUUAUAUUGGAGAAAGACCUAUUAUAACUUUGAUAUACUUAUAGAAGCCUUUAAGAACUGCCCUUUAUACUUCUGGAGGGAUUAUAGAGCAGUGAUGGGAUUCAAAAGUUUUUACUUCCUGCUCGGUGGGUGUGGCAGGGGAAGGAUACUGUAAAAUCUUCAUUGCCACCCCACUC